UCGAAUCUCAACACUCCGGACUACUUCCAAGAGUGUCAAAUGCGUCACGAGUGACGUCAGUUUCUGACUCACUCCAAAACCUUUGACAGCGGAUUAUUUUUUUGCACUUGCCAAAAUUCUUCAUAACGAGUGGCUGUGCUAUCUAGGUGUGGGGCUGUGCAGGGCGAAAAACCAUAGUUUUUGAUUUUAGGCCUAAGCUUUUAUGUUACAAGUAUUGUAGUAAGUAAGCAAAACACUGGUACAAACUUAACCAAAUAGGAUGCACAGAGCAAGGACUUUAGUGAAUGCAAUAUCGGGGCCGCCUGGGCAAAAAUUUGCCUCCUGGCUCAUCAAGAAUUCUCCCGUAGCCAGCUUACAAUGUAGAGACUAUAAUGUUCCAGCUACCGCAGAACCCUUUCUCAAUGGCGCCUCCAGUGCUUAUGUGGAGGACAUGUAUAAUGCUUGGCUGGUUGAUCCAGCUAGUGUACAUGCGUCUUGGGAUGCGUUUUUUCGUAACUCCCAAGGCGGUGGCCCUGGUUACACCUCGCCACCGUCACUGGGUCAACCAGGCAGAAACGAAAUGCCCCUAGGAGCACUUAUACCGAGCCUCGGAGGCGCUUCUUCUGUUGGAGUUGGAGGAGUAAACGAAAAAGUAAUUGACGAUCAUUUGGCUGUUCAAGCUAUUAUCCGAAGCUAUCAGCAACGUGGUCAUUUGGUAGCCAAGUUGGAUCCGCUGGGCAUUAUGUUUUCAGAUCGAAAUGCUACCAUUAGCGAUCUGAUGGGUUCUGCACCAUCUGAGGUUAUUCGUCAACAUAAACUGGAUGAAACUGAUAUGGACAGAGUGUUCAAACUCCCAUCAACUACGUUUAUCGGUGGAAAAGAAAAAUCCUUGCCUCUAAGAGAAAUUUUACGACGUCUAGAAUUGGCUUAUUGCAGACACAUUGGCGUCGAAUUCAUGUUUAUCAACAGUUUGGAACAGUGUAACUGGAUCAGGCAAAGAUUGGAAUCUCCUGGAUGUAUGGAGUUGAGUCCUGAGCAGAAACGAUUAAUUUUGGCUCGUUUGACCAGAGCAACAGGGUUUGAGUCGUUCCUCUCUCGUAAAUGGUCAUCAGAAAAACGUUUUGGUUUGGAAGGUUGUGAAAUUUUAAUACCGGCCAUGAAAACUGUUAUAGAUAAAUCGACAGAAUUAGGCGUGGAAAGUAUAGUGAUGGGUAUGCCACAUAGAGGUCGCUUGAACGUGUUAGCCAAUGUCUGCAGGAAACCUUUGUAUCAAUUGUUUACACAGUUUGCUGGAUUGGAAGCUGUUGACGAUGGAUCUGGUGACGUCAAAUAUCAUUUGGGAACCUACAUUGAAAGAUUGAAUCGUGUUACAAACAAGAACAUCCGUCUUGCUGUUGUGGCUAAUCCCUCUCACUUAGAAACCGUAGAUCCUGUAGUUGAAGGCAAAACUAGAGCUGAACAAUUCUACAGAGGUGAUGGAGAAGGCAAGAAAGUCAUGUCCAUGCUACUUCAUGGUGAUGCUGCGUUUGCCGGUCAGGGUGUAGUAUUUGAAACUAUCGGUCUUAGUGAAUUGCCAGAUUAUACCACUCACGGAACUGUACAUAUUGUUGUUAAUAAUCAGAUCGGGUUCACUACUGAUCCUAGGUAUUCGAGAUCUUCACCAUAUUGUACAGAUGUCGCUCGUGUUGUAAACGCUCCAAUCUUCCACGUGAACGCUGACGAUCCAGAAUCAGUUAUCCAUGUAUGUAACAUUGCUGCUGAUUGGAGAGCAACGUUCCAUAAAGACGUUGUCAUUGAUUUGGUGUGUUACCGUCGCUACGGUCACAAUGAACUUGAUGAGCCAAUGUUCACACAGCCGCUUAUGUACCGUAAAAUCAGAAGCACUAAGCCUUGCUUGGACAAAUACGCCGACCAAUUAAUAGCUGAAGGCGUUGUCACUGAUACUGAAGUCAAAGAUGUCAAAGCAAAAUAUGAUAAAAUUUGCGAAGAAGCUUUGGACACUGCCAGGAAGGAGACUCAUGUUAAAUUCAAGGACUGGAUCGACAGUCCUUGGUCUGGAUUUUUUGAGGGAAAAGAUCCUCUAAAGGUGGCAACAACUGGAAUAGUGGAAGACACUCUAGUACACAUCGGCAAAAGAUUCUCAUCCCCACCACCGAAUGCGGCUGAAUUUAUUAUCCACAAGGGUAUCGAGCGUAUUUUAAAGUCCAGAAUGGAAAUGGUUGAAAAUAGGGUGUGUGACUGGGCGCUUGGUGAAGCUAUGGCUUUUGGUUCUCUACUGAAAGAAGGUAUUCACGUUAGAUUGUCUGGACAGGAUGUGGAAAGGGGUACUUUUUCGCAUAGACAUCACGUUUUGCAUCAUCAAACUGUCGACAAGGCUACUUACAGGCCGCUUUGCAACUUAUACCCUGACCAAGCCCCCUACACAGUUUGCAACAGUUCUCUAUCCGAAUAUGGCGUCCUUGGCUUUGAAUUGGGUUAUUCUAUGACCAACCCCAAUGCGCUUGUAAUUUGGGAAGCCCAAUUCGGCGAUUUCUCCAACACUGCUCAGUGCAUCAUCGACACCCUUUUAUCCAGUGGUCAGUCAAAAUGGGUCAGACAAACUGGUCUGGUAAUGCUGUUACCACAUGGUAUGGAAGGUCAAGGCCCCGAACACUCUAGUGCGCGUCUGGAACGGUUCUUGCAAAUGUCUUCUGACGAUCCCGAUUAUUUCCCACCGGAAACUGAAGAUUUUUCUGUGCGUCAAUUGCACGAUAUUAACUGGAUUAUUACUAAUUGUACCACUCCAGCCAACUUUUUCCAUAUGAUGAGACGUCAAAUUGCUUUGCCGUUCAGGAAACCUUUGAUUGUUAUGACACCCAAGAGUUUGUUGAGACAUCCCGAAGCUAGGAGCUCAUUUGAUGAAAUGACUGAAGGUACUGAUUUUAAACGAAUCAUCCCCGAUGAAGGCAAAGCUUCACAGAAUCCUGGCGGAGUGCAGAAAUUGAUCUUCUGCUCUGGAAAAGUUUACUAUGAUCUGUUGAAAACAAAUAGAGAUCUGGGAAUUGAUGAUAAAAUCGCUCUCACUCGUGUUGAACAGUUGACACCAUUCCCAUUCGACUUGAUCAAAAAGGAAUGCGAGAAAUAUCCAAGCGCUCAAGUUGCCUGGGCUCAAGAAGAACACAAAAAUCAAGGGGCUUGGACUUAUGUCAAACCCAGAUUCGAAACUACUUUGGCUGGCCAACGAGAUGUCAUUCCAUCUAAAAAAGGUUGGUUCAGUAAAUUGUUCGGCAAUGACGAGCCAAAACCCAAGGAGACCAAACCUGAUCCAAGGGUUAUUAGCUAUAUUGGUAGACCUGUUUCUUCAAGCACAGCCACAGGUAACAAACAGCUUCACUUGAAAGAAUUGAAAAAUUUACUUGAUGACGCAACAAGGCUGUAAGCGAAAACAAUUAAAAUUUUAUUUAUGUUUUAAUUUAUUCUAUACAUAUAGUGUUCCCCUUUAAAAUGGAAAACAAUAUUUCUUAGAAAAAUGCUAAAGUGUGCCUUUUGAAUAUUUUUCCAGAGAAGGAAAGCCUUGUUACAGUUACAUGUUUAACAUCACGAAAAACUUUUUUUUUAUUCAAAAGGCCACCCCAUUAAUAGAAAAUUUUCUCAAGUAAAAAUAACUUAGUCUUUUAAAAUUGCACCAAUUAUACAGAUAAUCAAAUCUAUAGAUGUAAUAAAUGUACAUAGAUAGAGAGCACCACUGUUAUUUUUCUCAGUUGUUGUACAUUUUUGACAAAUUAAAGUCGGAAGUGUGUUUUUAAUUAGAACCAUUGAAGUAUUCAUUUAGUCAAGGAAAAAAAAAACUAUCCCAAUGGUUAUGGUAUUUCUUCAAGUAUUUUAAAAUUUAAUGUUAUUUAUUUAUUGUAUUUUUUCGAACGAGAUAAUAAAUUUGUUGCUUUAUCAUAAUGAUA